AUAGAUUCACACUCGGUCACUCACCCUUUUGAAGCAGCUGCGAUGAUAUUCCAUCAAAGUUAAACCGAAACCAUACCAGAAUUCAGAUUUCCGGUCUAACCAAAUUGAAUAUUUAAUCCCAAAAAACUCAAACCGAAAUUAAACCCGAAAGUUUAUCGAACACCUCUUAAGAGACUGAGUUUCUUCUUCUCCGUUAAACCUUUGAGGGUUUUGGUGAUUUUGGGAUAAGGAGCAACUUUGGUGCCAUGUCCGUCUUGCCUAUACUCGAAAGAAGAGUGGUAAAGUUGAACAAACUUACGUCUUUAUUACCCAAACCAGUAGAAGCUCUUCCUCGGGUUGAUCACCUUUGUGCUCACUUAAAAGUCUGUGCCAAAUCAAGUUAUCUGAGGACUGGUGAAUCGAUUCACGCUCAUUUGAUCAUAAGGAACCAAUCAUCGCGAGCUGAGGACGCAUGGCAAAUCACAUCUCUGAUCAAUCUCUACAUGAAAUGCGGGAAAACAGUUCGUGCACACAAGCUGUUCGAUUCAAUGCCUGAGAGAAGUGUGGUUUCUUGGUGUUCGUUGAUGAAAGGUUAUCAAGAUUCUGGGUUUGAUUUCGAAGUUUUGAAGCUUUUCAAGAGUAUGGUUUUUUCUGGUGAAUCGCAACCUAAUGAGUUUGUAGCCACCAUAGUUUUUAAAUCUUGUUCGAACUCUGGGAGAAUCGAAGAAGGUAAGCAGUGUCAUGGAUGUUUUCUUAAACAUGGUUUGAUGUCACAUGAGUAUGUACGAAACACUCUUCUCUACAUGUACUCUUCAUGUUCUGGAACAAGAGAGGCUAUCAAGAUUUUGGAUGAUCUUCCGUGUUGUGAUCUUCUUGCUUUUAACUCGGCUCUUAGUGGAUAUUUGGAGCAUGGUGCUUUAGACGAAGGGCUUGAUGUUUUGAGAAGGAUGGCUGAGGAAGAUUUGGUGUGGGACGACUUCACCUGCAUGUCUUCUUUAAAGCUUUGCUCCAGUCUCAGAGAUUUGGAGUUGGCUCGGCAGAUUCAUAGCCGAAUGGUAAGGCUUGGUUUCGACUGUCAUGAUGAUGUUAGUGGUGCAUUCAUUAACAUGUAUGGAAAAUGUGGUAACCCUUUAUAUGCUCAGAGAGUUUACAAUGGUACGAAAACUCUAAACAUCGUCUUGAACACAUCGAUCAUGGAUGCUUACUUCCAGAACAAGUCUUACGAGGAGGCUCUGAAUCUGUUUGCAAAGAUGGAAAACAAAGAGGUUCCACCUAACGAGUUCACCUUUGCUGUUUUGUUAAACUCAACCGCUGAGCUCUCUCUUCUAAGACAAGGAGAUCUUCUACACGGUCUUGUCGUGAAAUCUGGUUUUAGGAACCAUGUAAUGGUUGGCAAUGCGUUAGUUAACAUGUACGCCAAAAGCGGUAGCAUCGAGGAUGCGUGGAAAGCGUUCUCAGGCAUGGCUUUUAGAGACAUAGUUACUUGGAACACAAUGAUAUGUGGCUUCUCACAUCAUGGACUAGGGACGGAAGCGCUUGAAGCCUUUGAGGAAAUGAUGUCUGCGGGAGAGUUCCCUAACCGCAUAACUUUCAUCGGCGUGUUGCAAGCUUGUAGCCAUAUGGGUUUCGUGGAGCAAGGUCAUUACUACUUUAACCAUUUGAUGAAGCAGUUUGGUGUUGAGCCUGAUCUACAGCAUUAUACAUGCGUUGUGGGACUCUUGAGCAAGGCUGGCUUGUUCGAAGACGCUGAGUAUUUCAUGAGAACAGCUCCUAUAGGAUGGGAUGUUGUUGCAUGGAGAGCGUUGCUAAACGCUUGCUACGUUCGCAGGAACUACAGUUUAGGAAAGAAGGUGGCGGAAUACGCCAUUGAGAUGCAUCCGAACGAUUCAGGGAUUUAUAUAUUGUUGUCCAAUAUCCAUGCCAAGUCCAAGGAAUGGGACGGUGUGGCUAGAGUGCGUUCUUUGAUGAAGGAGAGGCGUGUUAAGAAGGAGCCUGGAGUAAGCUGGAUAGGUAUACGAAACAAAACCCAUGUGUUUCUUUCAGAGGACAAUCAACACGCCGAGAUUGUGCUGAUUUACGCAAAGGUGAAGGAAGUUUUGGCAAAGAUCAGGCCGUUAGGGUAUGCGCCUGAUGUUGCUGGAGCUUACCAUGAUGUAGACGAAGAGCAGAGAGAGAACAACCUCUCUUAUCAUAGCGAGAAGCUAGCUGUGGCUUACGGUCUGAUGAAAACCCCUGAGAAGUCACCCUUGUACGUGACUAAAAACGUGAGGAUAUGUGAUGAUUGUCACUCUGCAAUCAAGCUUAUCUCAAGGCUCUCAGACCGUUUAAUAGUUGUCAGAGAUUCCAACCGGUUCCAUCAUUUCCAAGAUGGUCACUGUUCUUGUUGUGAUUACUGGUGAUGAUUUUGAAACCGAUCAUUUGCCGCAUUUUCUUAAUAUUCUCUAGUUAUCAUUUUGUAGGUGUAAAUAGUGUCUCACAGUUCACACUGUAGGAAGCUUUUGGUUGUAAUAGUAUCUAAGUAUGUGAUAAUUAUUCAUCAUCUCA